UGCACAAAACAGCUAUGCGCACCGUCGCUCGAACCUUCGGCCUUCAGCACCUUGCCAGCAGUCCAGUCCGCUACCCAUCAUAGUCAGUCUCAGACAUGCUACUGACGAGGAGCUCACUCACUUUUGUCACUUUCCCACACCACCACCUGAUCACCAGCCUUGUAUACAUUUCCGUCAGCAGCGCCUGGCUGCCUAGCGCCAGUGGGGGUUGGUGGGCGUUGUGGCAUGAUGCGAACCUUGCAGAAUUGUCUUUUAUGAUCGAUGCUCGCUCUGCCUUGAUGCGACUGCCGUUGAUGUUGAAGUCUUGCUACCUUCCGGUCAACCUUGAUGUAACCAGAGCUCACGUUCUAUUGGAGAGAUAUCCCAACAGGAGGCAGUGGCUGAGCCUUACCGCUGACGUCUCCUCACGUCACAGCUUCAUUCAUCUCAGUCGCACCCAACAAAUACAUGCCUCUUGACGCUUAUCACUGUCGCUGGCCAGUCUUGCAAGGUCAUAUCCGAAUUCGUCCUCGAUAUUCACGAUGCGCCUAAAGAUAUCUAUGCGCAGUCAAUCAAGCUGCAAUCCCUUCAGCAAAGCUUCGAUUACCUCUUGAGCGUAUUCUCAGCCCUGCCACCCGACUUGCAGCUGGACACAGUCUUUCAACAGAAUCUGGUCUCCUUCACGCAAGAAAUCGACGGCUUCACCGCGAAAGUAAAAGAGAUGGGCAUA